AUGCGUUUCUCAGCAACCGCCAUUUUGGCUGCCGCGGCCGCAACUUCGGCGUCUGCCCAGUCUGUCAUUGGCACGGCUUACGGCUUUGCUAAGGGUGUCACUGGUGGUGGUAGCGCCGCCGCUGCCAUCCCCUCUUCCGUCGACGAACUCACUCAGUGGCUUGCCGACGAUACCCCCCGUACCAUCAUUAUCGACAAGGAGUACGACUUCACAGGCACCUCUGCCAAGGGCAAGGGCUGCAGCCGUAAGAGCUGCACAGUUGCCAACGGCGGCCAGCUCUUCCUUGGAGACCUCUCCUGCGGCACCAGCGACAACGUUGCCACCACUGUCAGCUACGACCUCGCUGCUACCGAACCCCUCAUCGUCGGCAGCAACAAGAGCAUUCUCGGCUCCAAGGGCAAGGGAAUACUCAACGGCAAGGGCCUUCGUGUCAAGACCAACGCCAAGAACGUUAUCAUUCAAGGCAUCGAGAUCACCAACCUGAACCCCACUGUUGUCUGGGGAGGUGAUGCCAUCGACUUGCAGGGCGGCAACGAUGGUGUUUGGAUUGACCACAACAGAAUUUCCAAGAUUGGUCGCCAGUUCAUCGUCACUCACUUCGCCGGGUCUCGCGUCACCAUUUCCAACAACUACUUCGACGGAGCCACCCCGGCUUCAACCACCUGCAACGGCAACCACUACUGGACUGAGAUGCAUCUUGGUGAUGGAGACCAGAUCACCAUCGACAGAAACUACUACGUCAACGUCUCUGGCCGUUCCCCCAAGCUCGGCCCCAAGGGUACCUUCCACGCUACCAAUAACUUCUUCCAGAACGUCCAGGGCCAUACUUUUGAGCUUUUCACUACCACCCUCGCUCUCAUUGAGGGUAACGCGUUCGAGAACGUUAAGCAGCCUUACGUCGGCCAGGUCUUCUCCAACAGCUUCAACGCCCCCGAUGCCAAGUCUGCUGCUGCCUGCUCCUCCAAGAUUGGCCGUGCUUGCGUGAUCAACAGUGUCGACUCCAAGAGUGGCCAAUUCAAGGCUUUGGCCCAGACAAACGUUCUGUCCACCUUCGCUAAGCUUAGCGGAUACCUCGUCAAGCCCGUUGCUGCCGAUACUGUCGCCAGCCUUGUCGUUGGCAACGCCGGUCCCGCUAAGCUUGGCGGCUCCGGCUCCGGUUCUACCCCUACAACUGUUGCCACUUCUACCCGCAAGGCUACCUCUGUCAUUGCCGCGACUCAGAGCGCCAAGGUCACGGUUAAGGCCCCCUCGACUCACACCCCCAAGGUUACCCCUACUGCUGUCGCAACUCCCAGCUCUGGCGCCAACCACACUUCCAAGGCCCCUCCUUCCCACACCUCCAAGGCCGCCCAUUCCUCCAAGGCAGCUCAGUCUUCCAAGACCAAGGCUGCUCACACUUCCAAGGCCAAGCCUACUCCUAGCACUCCCAGCACUCACACUUCCACCAAGAGAGCAUCCUGCCAGCAGACUGCCGCUGGCAACUCCACUGAGUCGGCCAUCGUUCAGAUUUACCACCAGUGCGGUGGAAAGGGCUGGACUGGUGCCACCGUUUGCGUCGCUGGAACUUCCUGCGUUGUUCAGAACGAGUGGUACUCCCAGUGCGUGAGCUCCGCUACCAGACGCAGCGCCAAGGCACUCCGUCGUGUCUAA